AUGGAGACGACAUCUCCGCCAUCGUCUUCGUCUUCUCCAAAGCGGCAACGCCAUAUCUGGUCCACUCGCGUACAUCGUGAGCUUGAAAAGUGUCGCAUGGAUGGUGCACUGCCUCAUGGGGUCACACUGCGACGCGCGUACGUGUCAGAGACCCGAGGGUUGUGCGAAGGCGAGUUUCACUGUUUUGUCCCAUUUGUUGACGGUUCGGAUGCCCUUUUCUUGGUCCCAUUGACAGAUUUGGUCAUCCGGAUGCCCUUUUAUGAAAACCAAGUAACCAAAGGUCACGAACAGUACCCAUUUCGAGCCCCAGAAGUAGAAAUUCGACACGGUGCUUUGUAUUUGCCCACUGGACUCCGUAAACGAAAAUUACCCAAAUCAGAAGGAAGAGAACCCAUUUUUUUGCUCCAGCUACCUUUAUUAGAGCACUGGAGUCCAUCGACAACCUUAAGGAUGUUAUUACAUGAGCUUUUUCAAUUGGUGCAGCAAAAUGACCCAGCGCCAACUAAGUCCGUUACGAUACCAAGGAAAAAUUCGCUUGCGCAACAUGGGUACAACAAUGGUCAGUUGAGAGUAAAAAAGCCCAUGAAAAUGCGUAAAAGGGACGUCCGUGGAGCAGUGUACCCAUGUCAAGAGAUGGACCCUAUCACGUCUACAUUGAAGCAAACACCAAUGUUGUUACAGACAGGAAAAAUUGCUCUGCUCAUGCCAUUGAAAGAAGCAGCAGCACAGAAAGAUGACGAGUUUUUGUAUGUCGGAGACCUGAUUUCACUGCAAGAUGUCGUGCGCAUUACUCCACAGCGAGGCAAGUCAUUGACGUUAUUUUUCAAAGACAGGAUGUUACCGUGUCGAACGUUUUUGAGUCAGUACACGGACGAAAUUGUAAAAGAUUUACGGAUCAUGAUUGGAGAGACUAGCUCGACUAAACGUGGAUAUGACCAACCAUUAGCUGGAGCAGCUGGAUUGGCGGCACAAUUACUGCCAUUUUUGAGUACGGAUCAAUCGGAAAAAGCCAAGGAAAUGUCGACAAAGUUGAUCGGUAAACUUGGUAAAGUUGCUACAUCCGUCUCGCGGUUUUGGCGUGGCGAUGAAGAUGAAUCAGAGGAGCAGCAAAAAAUGGAUCCUCUGGCCAAUGCGUUUUUUGAAAUUGACGCACUAAAGAGAGCAUUUUAUCGCACGCCGUCGAAAGUGAGGAUGACAGAGAUCACGCGACGUUAUCAGAACAUUGCAGAGGAGUACACGUAUCUCAAUAAUCAAGAAGGCCAUGUUGAACGCGCCAUUUCAGAAUUGCAGCUUUUCAUUGAACACCCGAAAGCGCAACGCAUUCUCGUGGAAACCUGUGUCUACGAGCAGUCCACAAAAGGUAUUCGUGUUGGGCCAGCAUAG